CUUAAUUUAAAAUAACAAACUAAUCUGUAAUUAUCUAAACAAAUAUUAUUAAUAGAGUUUUUUAAUGUAGCUCUAAACUAACUUUCAGAAAUGGAUACAAUGACAUUGAAAGAAAUACAAAGCAGGUUAUUAUUAUGGGAGGCUGCUGAUAAUCCUUUGGCGCCGUUAACUAGCUCUCAAAGAGAAGCAAUUUUAGAUUUAGAGACUGCAUUACACGAUGAUGAAGAAUUGGAAGAUAAACCACAGGAAGAAAAUAUUUCAAAAUCUGAUGCACCAGAGUUGAAUACAGUGUAUGAUUUCCUUGAAUUUUACAACAGCUUAAGUGAACAAAACAUUAAGGCAAAUGAUGGUCCUUAUGAGGCAUAUUAUAAGCAGCUAGAAGAUAGACGUAAUGAGUGUGUUUUAUUAACAGAUGAGAUUGCAUCAACAUUGUCAAACCUAAAUAAACUAACUCAAGAAUAUAAUUUAGUGUCCGAUAAAACAAAUGCCCUACAUACCAUGAGUGAACAACUUUUAGCUGAUCAGACAAAGUUAUCGAGCAUUGGUGAUGAUGUUAAGCAGAGAUUACAUUACUUCACACAGGUAGAACAUCUCAGCCAAAGGCUUAACAGUCCAACAAUGUCAGUUAACAGUGACACAUUUUUCAAUGUACUGUCAAAAAUAGAUGAAUGUCUGAACUAUAUGAGGGCUAAUAGCAACUUCAAAGAAGCCCACACCUAUACAGUAAAAUAUCGCCAUCUUCAAAGUAGAGCUAUGUCACUUAUUCGUAGUUAUGUGAACCACAUUUUAAACCAAGCAACGGAGCAAGUUUUGUCACCAGAGGAACCAGAUGGUGAAACGGUGGAUAUGGCAUAUGCUGUUUACUUUGGGAAGUUUCAAGCGGUAGGACCUAAACUACGCAUGGUGAUAAGUGAGGUUGAGAAACGAGCGGAAAGCAAUGAAGACUACGCCCAUCUCCUAUCAGAUAUACAGCGUGAGUACGCUUCACGCCGUCAACAGGUAGCGGGCGGGCCGACGGCGAGAGCGUUAGCGGUGGCGGGCGAACAGGCCCGCGAUCAUUGCGCUAUGUUACGUUCGGCUUGCUCGUUGCUCGCGCUCGCUUUGAGGGACGAGUGUGCCUUGUACGAGCAUUUCUUCUCUAGUACUUCACAGGCGCUGGAAGAUUACCUACAAUCUCUUAGUACGGGUCUAUACGAGUCUUUGAGACCUCAUAUCAUCCACAUCAACCAUUUGGAGACACUCGCAGAACUCUGCGUCAUCCUCAAAGUGGAAGUUAUCGAGGAGCAAGUUAAUAAUGAUCCGGCCCUGCAAGCAUUAGCGACUGUGGCCCGAGCGUUAUUACAGGACACACAGGAAAGACUUGUGUUCCGCGCUCAUGUGCAUUUGCGGGCCGAUGUCUUGCACUAUAAGCCUGCACCUGGAGACCUGGCUUAUCCGGAUAAGCUGGAAAUGAUGGAGGAAAUAGCCCAAUCACUCCAAGACCAGACUCUUAGGCGCAGCGAUUCCCGUAAUUCCCUAACAUCAGAUAUAUCCAGUGCAUCUGAGGUCUUCGAAAGGCGGCCUCAGGCGUCCCCGGCUGACCUUCACGGCAUGUGGUACCCCGGGGUCAGGCGGACCCUCGCUGCGUUGUCAAGGCUGUAUCGGUGCUUGGAAAAACGGGUGUUCCAAGGAUUGGCCCAAGAAGCGAUAUCCCUCUGCGUCCAAAGCGUAUCAAACGCUGCCAACCAAAUAUCGGCUUUAAAAACAAGUAUCGACGGUCAACUGUUCCAAAUCAAACAUCUACUCAUAUUACGCGAACAAAUCGCCCCAUUCCAAGUCGAUUUCGUCAUAAAGGAGACCUCUUUGGACUUUAGCAAUAUGAAAAAUGCGGCCUAUGGAUUAAUUCAAAGGCCGCGACAGAUAUUCUCGAUGAACGCCAAUAACACAUUGUUGGAGUUCCUGUUGGAGGGAACGCCGAUGGUUAAGGAACAUUUACUCGAUUCGAGAAAAGAGGUCGAUCGACAGUUGAAGAAUUGCUGUGAAAUGUUCAUUAAAGAUGCCACGGAGAUCAUGGCCGGACCUCUGAUUGUGUUUAUUGAGAAGGUUCAAUCGUUUCAACCAGGGGAUCAGCUGAGGUCCCAGCAUUGGGCUUCUCCUUCCCAAAUAGCUGUUGCAGUACAAGAAGCACAAAAACGAAUAAAAACAACUCUAGCGCCAUUACAAAGAUCAAUGCAAUUGUAUCUCGCUAACAAAGAAACAGAGUUUAUUCUUUUUAGACCUAUCCGGAACAAUGUGGUUGGCUACUUUGUACAAUUAGAACAAAUACUAACCAACUCGGGAUACACCUAUGAUGAUAUAGUAAUUGUUGCAUGUCCAACCCCUGAGCAAGUAUCAGUUUUCAUAUCUUCUGCAAGUUUAAUCAGCAAUAACGAACCAGUGUUGCCAUAUGGGAAAAAGAAGCCAACAAGUGUGAUACGUAAACCUAGUGUUACAAGCAUUCCAGAAAAAGCUGAUAAACCAGCAGAUAGCACUAAUCAAAAUCAGUUAAACUAAAAUCAACAAAUAAUUAUAAAUAUUAUAUGUUAUUAUUAAUAAAAUAUAGUAGCGUUAUAUUA